AUGAAUCCAAAAGAAAGAAUUUCAAUCAUUUCAAAUCAUUUAACAAUGUCAGAUACAUCAUCAAAUUUAAAAACACAUUCAACAAUAUCAACACAUGUUUUAGAUACAACCACUGGAUUACCAGCAAUGGAUAUGAAAGUUAUAUUAGAAAAAGAUAAUGGUAAUGGUCAAUAUAUAACAAUAAAAAGUGUUUUAACCAAUUCUGAUGGUAGAUCAAGAGAAUUUCCAGAAUUAGAAAAUGGAAUUUAUAAAAUUACUUUCUUUACAGAAGAAUACUUUAAAAAUCAAAAUGUUUCAAAUUAUUUCUUUCCAAAAGCAAGUGUUGAUUUUAUAAUUAAUCAAGCAAAACAUUAUCAUGUGCCUUUAUUAUUAUCACCAUAUAGCUUUUCAACUUAUAGAGGUAGUUAA